AUGAUAGCAGUGUUGGUCACAAUGGACGAGACAAAUGUACAAAUACCCAAAUAUUUAAUACCAGUGUUUAUUAGCAUGAUCAUUUGCGGUGUGAUUAUAUCGUUUGGUUUUAAUUGUGGUGCGGCUCUAAACCCGGCGCGAGAUGUAUCGGCCCGUCUAUUCCUAUUGCUUAUGGGCUAUCAUAACAAUAUAAUAAGCCAUGGAGGUGAAGGUGAGUUUGAAAAGAUAUUCUGUAACCCGGAUAAAACGGGCUCGGCCAUGGUGACCAAGGUUAUUGAAUGCCAUGAUAAACAUGAGAAAUCACAAUCGGCCGAACUAAAAGCCCUCGAUAAAAAAAUUGAAACGACUUGUCUAAAGCAAUGCAGUGGAAAGUCGGGUGAUAUGAGUGCCUAUAAAAAGGUAGAUUUGACCAAGGUGGAUUUAAAGGAUAUGCUGAUUGAAGAGUGCGACCCUGAUAAAACAGAUUCAGCUAAAGUGAUCAUGAUCAAUGAAUGCGAAGACAAAUACAGAAGUACCAUGACAGCCGAAGCUAAAGCUCUUGCUAUUAAAGUUGUAUUAGCUAAUGAGGCUGAGGAUGCUAAAUUUGAGAAACUAUUUUGCAACCCCGGUAAAACCAAUUCGGAAAUAGUGGACAUGGUUAAUGUAUGCGAAAAUAAAUACAGGAGUACCAUGUCGGCCGAAAUGAAAGCUCUUGAUGAUAAAAUUGAAAAUGCUUGUCAUAAAGGUUGUAUGGAAAAAGCCGGUAAUAUGAGCGCUUAUACAAUGGUAGAUCUGACCAAGCCCGUUUUAAAGACCAGAUUGAUCGAUGAGUGCGACCCUGUUUACUUCAAAUGCAUCACCAAGCUCAUUGAGAACGAUUCUAAGUUAGCCCAAGAUGUUGACAAACUAGAAAAGCUUGAGAUUAAAAAAGAGACUGAUGAAUUUGAUAGAUGCACUAUGAAUGCUGUCGUCCAGAAGCCGGAAUUGUACGCUAAAUAAUGUCUUUCAUUACUGG